AUGAAAGAGAUAAAAAAGAACGAUUGUGAUGAAGCGAGAGCUAAAUGUCAAAGCUUUAUAUGCAUGCAUCUUCAUAUGCCUUUGAUGAGGUGGAAAAAUAAAGCAUUACAUGAAGACAUUUCGAUACCCUUUUCUAAAUCAACGAAAAAUAUAUUUUUACGACAUAAAAUAAAGCAUACAUCAUUGAAUUAUUUCUACAUCAUCAACACUACAAUCAUAUAA